CCGCCCCCUCACCCCUGCCACCGCCCCUCAGCUCCGCCCCUUUCCGUCCCUCCCCAUCCCCUCCUCCCAAACCCCGCCCACCUUCCCAGCUCACCCUGCAGUUUCCGUCCCUCUCCGCGGAUCUGCGUCUUUCUGUCCCUCUCACCACCCGUACUAUUUUGAACUGUUCUGUAGUCGCGCUCAGGCGCUUUACUCGGCGCCGGAAAGAGCGUCUCCGAGCGCGUUGGGAAUUAUGGCGGCGGUGGAUAUCCGAGAUAAUCUGCUGGGAAUCUCUUGGGUCGACAGCUCCUGGAUCCCCAUUUUGAACAGUGGAAGUGUCCUGGAUUACUUUUCAGAAAGAAGUAAUCCUUUCUAUGACAGAACAUGUAAUAAUGAAGUGGUCAAAAUGCAGAGGCUAACGUUAGAACACUUGAAUCAGAUGGUUGGAGUGGAGUACAUCCUUUUACAUGCUCAAGAGCCAAUUCUUUUCAUCAUUCGAAAGCAACAGCGGCAGUCUCCUGCUCAAGUUAUCCCUCUUGCUGAUUACUAUAUCAUUGCUGGGGUGAUUUAUCAGGCACCGGACUUGGGAUCAGUUAUAAACUCCAGAGUGCUCACUGCAGUGCAUGGCAUUCAGUCAGCUUUUGAUGAAGCAAUGUCUUACUGUCGAUAUCAUCCCUCCAAAGGAUAUUGGUGGCAUUUCAAAGAUCACGAAGAACAAG